AUGCAAACUGAUAGACAGACGAGGUGGUACACUGCGAUCAAAGACAACGUCGACUCGCCGAAUGGGAUGGUAGCGAGUCAAGUUCAAAUCACGCAAAAUUGUUUUACAAAUGUCCCCGAUUAUGAAACGAAAGUGUACUCUUAUGUCACACACCGUGAGUGCUACAUUCACGAGUCUUAUGCAUUUUAUUCAACACAAAGUCUGAACGUCACCCGUUGUGGGCAGUGUUUAGAGUUAACAGGCUCGACACAAAAUCCCUUCAAAUGUGUUGUCACGGGGUUCUUUAAAGAGAAGGAAGAGAACAACUUAACAGACGUCGACCUCAAAUCCGUCGUCUUUCUAUCGAACGCAAAUUACAAUUACAUCGCAACCAACAUCCAUUCGUCAUUCAAUCAUGCCUCACAAGUCAGUUUAAGAGUCAUCGGAUGCACUUCCGAGGUGAUCCCCGUGCUUUAUAUCAUCAACACUUUCUUCACAAUAGAUAGAAAGAUGUCGACGGUGCAAGUGGUUAAUACAGAUGUACUUCACAAGAUCAUGAUUGUCGAUUUUGAGGAGUUCAAAAUGAACACCGAUGGGACUUAUACAAUCCCGGCUCGUAGUAACAUCAACAUUCAGCUUGUCGGUAUCAACAACGUCAAAAUUGGAUUUCUCGGGGUUAACUCAUUGGACGUCAAUCACUCGUUUUACGCCGAAACACAAUUUCCAGUCGAGGCGCCGCCUAAUAACUGUUUCUUCUCUCCAGAGACACAAGUUUUGAGUGAUUGGACUGUCAACCCUGCUUUAAUCUCGCCAGUCAGAAGGUUCUUCUUGUGGAAAUUUUACUUAGCAAACAAAACGUCGACGUUCAAUUUCGACACAACUGUGAGAAAUGUUGUAAUACCCGACUACUUCAAUUCGAAACUUGGAAUAGCAUAUCCGACUGCUUUUAAAUUUGGACAGACAAUGAAGAAGCUUGAACUGAUGUUGAAAUUCAGUAAGAAGAAUUACUCAAUCAAAAAAUGGGUGUUGUUACUCACAGAAUACUCGGAGAUUGCGGGAAAGAUCAACACGACCAUUUGCGCUCCCGAACCAAAUGAAACACAGAUAAACGACACACACGUCUUGAUCACUUUGAAUUUCAAUAACGACGAGUGCUUCCGAUACGCAAAUCUUGUGUUAUGCAGUGUAGAAACUGGGGAAGGAACAUCGCUGACUAUUGUUGAAAGUGCUUUUACAAAAAGAGACGAGACUGUUUUUACAGAGUGUGGAAUAGAGUCUGCAGACUGCUCGAAGUACAGCUGCACAAUGAAUGCGACAAAAUAUCCUGAAAUUGGAUUUAAGCCAGGCUGUGAACCAAACUGUGGAAGAUGCUUAUUUGGAUAUGAGUGCAGUAAUAAAGGCAUUUGUGAAAAGGUUGUCUCCUCGAAUAAAAGAAGUGGAAGUACAUCAGUUGGUAUAGUGUUGUGUGUAUUAAUUGUCAUUUGUUUUUUCUAA